AUGAUUCUUCUUCUCGGGAAAAACAAUUGUCGACCGCUUAAUUGUCUACCGCUCUUUGAUCGCGUCAUCAUGAAAAGGAACGCCGAUGAGUGCGGUUUCUCGAGAAGAAGGAAAAGCGAACGUAAAAGAAAAGGGAGAAGCGCUUCGGGGUUCGUUUUCUCCUCUCUUUUAUCUCUCGCGUUCUUGUUCUUGUUCUCUUUCGCCGGGGUAGAGGCUCAGAUUGCCACCGCAACAGCAACAGUAGGAAGUGAAGAAGAGGAGACUUUCGCGGUGAAAUCGUACGUCAACGGCACGGUGGCGGUGGUCUCCAAGACGGAAAUUCUCAUCGACGCCUCGGUCGUUCGCGUGCCUUCUGACGUGUACAUCGCGGCUUUGGAAGACGACAGUUUAGAUUUAACCGGAGAUGUCGGGUUCGAUUUGGACAAGGUGGAAGCGCAGUUGACAAAGUUGAGCGACACGUUAGCGAACGUGAAGUUGUUAUCGGCGAGUGAUGCAGGGAACGUCCAGUGUAACCGAGACGGGACGAAGGAGAUGAGAUUUGACUUUGAGAGCAAAGCGUUCGAUGCGACGCAUUGCGUGUGUAAAGAUCAAUUUGUGGGUGAUCUGUGCGAAACCGCGGUUGGAGCGUUACCGGGAGACUACACGGAUUUUAUAGCGGCGGUGAACGAAUGUUUGACGGUGGAUCCGGUACACGGGAUUUGCCCGGACAGCGCGUUCGGCGUGAUGAGCGAUUGGGACGUUUCGCUGGUUUCUAAUUUUGCAGAGGCGUUUAAGAGCAGAUCUACUUUUAAUGCAAACAUUACCGGUUGGGAUACGCGAUCGGUGGUGGAUUUUACAGGUACGUUCGAAAGUUGCCAGGCGUUUAAUCAGGACCUGUCGCGCUGGAGUACGUCGACGGCAACGUCCAUGUCACGCAUGUUCUUCUCUGCGACUGAGUUUGAUUCUGAUCUUUCGGGCUGGGACACGAGUAAAGUGGCUAAACUAGAUUAUUCUUUCGCGUAUGCUAGUAAAUUCAAAGGCGUCGGAUUGAGCAACUGGAAUACGGCGAAAGUCACGACUUUGGAGGGCACGUUUUAUGGGGCGGCGGUAUUUGACGAAAACAUUUCGAGCUGGACGACGACGAAAGUGAAGAAUAUGAAUUUGACGUUCGCAACAUACUACGGAGGAGCGCAUGCAUUCAACCAACCGAUUGGUACAUGGGAUACGUCGAGCGUGACGGCCAUGGAAACUACGUUUUAUUCCAACCCGAAUUUUAAUCAAAAUUUGAAGUGGAAUACGAGCUUAGUGGAGAGCAUGUAUGGAAUGUUCGGGUACGCUUCUAAGUUUAACGGCGAACUUGCAACUAAUGAAGCGCUCGGGUAUUGGGGCACUGGGUCGGUGAAGGAUUUUUCAACUAUGUUCGCGAGAAGUUCGUUUAAUCAAGAUAUCUCUGGUUGGGACACGUCGUCGGCGGAGGAUAUGUCGUACAUGUUUUCUGGUGUUUCUAGUUUCAAUCAAGACUUGAGCAAAUGGGACGUCUCUAAAGUUACAACAUUCAAAUCAACGUUUAAUGACUGUCAGAACUUAGACACGGAUCUAAGUCAAUGGGAUGUUUCUUCAGUCAUGAGCUUUCAGCAAACGUUUACCAAAGCGUACUUGAUGAACUCAGAUAUGUCCUUGUGGAACACCGCCAAGGUUACAAACAUGUAUGGUAUGUUUCAGUACGCGAGGACUUUUAAUAGUCCAAUUAUAAAUUGGGACGUCAGCAAAGUAACAGACAUGAGAUAUAUGUUUUACGGAGCAUUGGCAUUUCAGCAAGACAUUUCCUCGUGGACGGGAACGGCAGCGACAACGGCGCAAUCUAACAUGUUUUUCGGAGCGACUGCAUUUGAAGCGAAUUUCGCGUGUGACGACGCCGUCUCCGGUCCGGCGAGUUCGUGUAAAAGAAGAUAG